UUUCUUUGUCUGAAUUUCUCCAGGUGUGUGAUGAGCCUCCCUCCAUCUGUACGCCAAUGAAAGAGCCAUUUUCCCCCCUGAACAACGUUGUCUCCAACGAGCCAUUCAGGGGCUGCUACGUCCGCGCCCAGCCCUUUGACGAGUUCCCCUCCAGCAACCGCCGCUACCUGCCUCCACAGGUCUCCUUCAAGUCGACUCGUCAUGUCAGUUUCCACAUGGACGAAGAGGAGAUCGUUCGCAUCAACCCACGCAAAGACGUCAUCCGUGGCUACGAGGACUACCGCCACCCUGUCAUGUGGAAACAGGAGGCUGACCGCGAGGACAUGGACUUCCCCUCCGCCUUCCACAAACUGGACAAGAAGUGCGAGUACCUCUUCCCCGACGGCCCUGGUGGGGACUCCCACUCUGGCCCUGGUUUGGGAAUUGGAACAGGUAUGGGGCUGGGUUUGGGCAAGGACACAGCCAUCAAGACUCAGCCCUCGCCCCUGUUUAAGAAGGGCCGGCGGCGGCGAGAGGACGGUGAGCGCUCACGCUGCAUCUACUGUCGAGAGAUGUUUAACCACGAAGACAACUGGCGGGGGCAGUGCCAAGAUGCCCCCGACCCAAUCAAGCAGUGCAUCUACAAAGUCAGCUGCAUGCUGUGUGCCGAGAGCAUGCUGUACCACUGCAUGUCCGACUCCGAGGGCGACUUCUCAGACCCCUGCUCAUGUGACACAUCUGACGAGCAGUUCUGCCUACGCUGGCUGGCCCUGGUGGCGCUCUCCUUCAUCGCACCCUGCAUGUGCUGCUACCUGCCCCUGCGCGCCUGCCACCAUUGUGGCGAGGCCUGCCGCUGCUGUGGGGGCAAGCACAAGGCUGCGGGGUGACCCGACUCCGGGCUCUGGGACACCCUCAAAGCUAGCUAACACAGGAAGUGGAUAAAAGCGGAAAAUUAAAAGCCGGCAUCCUUUUUUCAUUCCCCUCUCAGACGGGGUGAUAUGUUGUUGAUCCCCAGCUCUGAGGGCUUUUGGAGAUUUCAGUUUGUGUUUGUCGCCGACAAGCAGCAGUGGAGGACAAACCAUAUGCUUUGUGGGGGCUCUGAGCAUCAAGCUAAGUUCAGGAGCUUAAUCUAAGGAGAGGAAGAGGAAACUUCAAGAUUAAUAGACUUGGAGAUGUUACUAAACACACCUGUACACACACACACACACAAACACAUUCACACACAUGCAUUGAUGGAGCCAGGCCACAAAUAUCAGAACUCUACUACAAGUUAUGUGUAACUUUAUGAAGGAAAAUUGUCUUUGUACAGAGAGCAGCAAAAUAACGACAAAAAAAGAAAACAAAACAAUUCUGCAUUCAGAAAACUACUUGCUGUUUGAGUAUGCUAAAAGGGAUAUGUUCUUGCUUUUUUGUGAAUUUGCAGUUGGGUAACAGUGGCCUUUCCUUCAUGGCUUAAGCAUUUGCUGACAAUGUAAAGACUGGACAAGAAGACAAGUGCACUAGAAAUGGUAUUUCCCCCGUUAAGUAAACAUACCCCUCUCAAAUUCUUGGGGUACUCAAGCCACCAUAUUUACUGUAAUUCUAACAUUUGAGAGAUGUUGCUGUGGUGGAUGUUUGGCCAAUUGAUUUUGCCUGUUUCUGCAGGAACAGCUGGCAUAGCUUUUGACAUUCAUAAUAAGAUGUUUCAAUGAUUACCUUGCCUUCCCGAGGUGAUUCAGACCAUCUGAUUGCAUUCCAAAAUAAAGGGAUCGAUUCCAUGAUUAGAAGGGAAAAAUGGUAACGACUCUACCAUGCUUAGUUCCCCGAAAAUAGUGUUUUCAACACCACAAAAACAGCAUUAGAACCUCUUGAACCAUUCAAAUCCAAACCGGAUACAUGACGAUUUCAUUUACUCCAGUGAAUCUCACUUUUGGUCCUUUUAUUUACUGCUGUAGUGAAAUUGUUGUUUUGUUUCCUCAUUGUUAUUUUUCCUGCUCAUUUUAUAAUUAUUUUUUGAAACAAAGGCUGAAAUGUUGCUCAACCAGCAAGUUUUGUUUUGGUGAGUACAGGGGUUCCAGUGCUCCUUGGUUAAAAUGACGAGGCACUUAAAUUAGGCUAUUCUUUGAUUGAGAACACCCUCAGAUUUUGGAAUUAGUCUGUACAUAAAUUGUUUUACUAAUUUAAACAUCUAAUUUGGUGUGAGGGGAAACCCUCCUCUAAGCACUGCUCUCCAAACUUUGGUUGCAGCACCCUCUUCAAAUUCCCAUAUUUGUCCCAUGAAUCGUUUGUUUUCUCAAGUUCUCAUCUUAUAUCUCGUGUAAGCGUAGUACUGUCGUUGUUCUGAAGUUAGUCCACUCCUUCCAUGUGUCUUCAUUUAAAACCAGGCCCUGAGUGAAUGAAUGCAUUGUUGCAGGAAUACCUUAGAGUAUCUUAGUCAUGUUUAAAAAAAGAAAAGACAAAAAACAUCCAGAUGUUAUGAAUGUGUGUGUGUGUCAGUGUGCGGCGUGUGUGUUUGUGUGCAUGUGUGUGUGUGUAGGUCUUCAUAUGCACUGGUGAUCUGAUGUCAUGUAACGUUACCACUGACCAUGUGAUUAAGGCUUUGACUCUUCACAGUACUGACCCAGCAUCAGGUUUCACAAAACGUCCUCCUGUCCUGUCUAAAAGUGAACAAAGAGAUGAUCAAAAGGUUAAUUUGUUAUUUCAGGAAAUUCACUUAAACCCUCUGAAACUCUCUCAUUAACAUGUUGUAUCCUUUUUCUUUAAUUCACUCAAAAAACAAAGUGUAGGAAUGAGAAUUAAUCUGCAACUUGUCGUGUCUACACUUGGUUUAUGUAAACAAAUGUGAGAUAACAUGUUAAUCAGUGAGCGUCAGAGGUGUAUGCGGAUUUCUCAGCUCUGAACAGCGCUAGGCUAGCUGUUCCCCAAUGUUUCCAGUCUUUAUGCUAAGCUAAGCUAACCAGCUAAUUCUGGCUGUAGCUUCAUGUUUACCGUACAGAAUGAGAGCGGCAUUGAUUUUCUCUCGCAUGACCCUUGGAAACACGGCUAAUGAGGCCAGGCAGGCUGCAAACCAAAACUGAGCAUAUCUGACUCACAAAACAUUUACUAUGUAACAGCUCUGAUUGGCUGUCCCGCUGACAUUCUUCCUCCCUAAGGCAUGUUUGAAAUGUGCAGCCAAAUCGGUGCAGCAACGUCCAUGUUUGCAGUUGCUAACAGAUAUGCAUCUCUUCUCACCUCCCGUCACUCCUGGUUAAAAAGAAAAAUGAUAUAAAAAAAGAAUAAUGUAGUGGCAGGAGAAACAUUCAUCUCCCUAACUCCACCCCGACCGAUGCUCCCUUUACUUACUAUGCAAACUUUCUAACGUGGGAAACACAUUGACCUCCGUGCAGAGCGAGUCAGUGACGGGAACAGGACACUUUAACGCUACGUAGGUAGACAAACGAACUCCUGGUACCAAACUCCAAACACCUGUAAAUACUUAACACUAUAUUUAAGUACUGAUAAUAAUCCCAGCUUUUUUUUGUUUGUCUUUUUGUUGAAAUUUUAAAGAUAGAACUGUAUUUAUCGUCGCUGUCAGCAUAUACUGUAGCUUCAAUUGACAGCAUUAUGUACAUAGGUCACCUUUUAGUAUUAUUUCACAUUGAAAAGUAGAGGGGCGUCUGUGAUGGAAAAUGACUAUUGAGCUUCUAAUAGAGUUUCUCUCUAGUUUUGUACGGUAGAAGGAAGGAUAGUGCUAACACGGUACAGUUGUGUCAGUCCACUUGUUUCAAAAGUUUGAUAUAUAAAUAUAUAAAUAUAUAUAUUUACAUACAUACAUAUAAAGCUGCUAGAUACAAUCACUAAUUUUAUUGUGUUGACAGAGAAAAUCAGCUAUGAACGACUGUUAAACCCUAAAAUCUCCGGCGGCGUCCGGCGGUCUCGUCGUUCAACGCCACCAUACAACCAUGACGGCGAGUUUUUAAAUGUCCGAUUGCUCUGCGUGGUGAAGUGGACUCUUGUGCAUGUGUGCGCGAGUGUUACUCUAUGUGUGUUCUCGUGUGUCCACAAGUGAGUGUGUGUGUGUGUGUGUGUGUUCUGUGUGCCUGCGGGUUGGUGUGUAACCGAAUGUUUGGUUGGUCGCCAUAUUCUCCCAUUGGAAUUGGAUUGCCCUGCAUUUAUUGCAAGCUGAACCAAGGUUUGAUGAACCUGAUUAAAACUUGCUGGCUGAGAAGCAAAAUGUAGGAUGUGCAUUUAUACAAAGUGUAGAGAAUGCUGAAAUAACACUUCUCAUUCUGCAUUAACCAGCACAGUGCAACUUCCUGUCAUGUACUGUAUUAUAUAUGCAACAUGUGUCUGUCCGCUUUAAUAUAUAUAUUUUUUUGACCUGCAUUAUAUAAGACUUCAGUUUUAACCACUUUGCUGCUAGUCUUUUAUCCUCUUUCAAUCUUGGAAAAUUGUGCAUAUCUUUGGGAAUGCAUACAAGUGUACAUUCUUGACAUUGUGUAGAUUUAAAAAAACAGAAAAAAGCUAUAUAAACCUGUUUCUCUUCAGUGUAUUGUUUUUAAAACGGUUACUUUUCACAGCAGUUGAGUGGUUAUGUUUCGAUUCUCCGAUGCUUUGGUGCACUGAUGAUACUCUAUGUAAGCUUUUUUUCAUCUUACAGCGCUUGAUGUAACAUUUAUGUGAUUAGUUCUAAAUAGUGGAAAACAUUUGUGUUUUGAAACUUGCAGUAUAAAUGGUACUACUCUUAACUAUUCUGUAAACACUGCCUGUUUGCUUUCUUUUCUUUUUCCACUCUUUGUGCAUAUUUCUUUCCUGUGCAUCUUUUUUUUCCCCCCUUAGUGCCAUCGGCUUUCACAUCCUGACAACCUCAAAAAAGUGCCUCACGUCCAUCCUAGUUUCCAUCUUACAAUUUUAACAUCUCUCGUUCUGGUUCUAUUGGUUUCUACACGUCUAGGUAUUUCCUCUCAUGGUUCGAGAAUACCAAGUAUAUGAUGUAAAAUUUAUAGUCCCAAUAACUCAUGUCAUAGUUGUAUUUUCUUCAUACAGAUGUAGCUCAUUACUUUUCAUAAAUAUAUAAUGUAAAUAUGCAUACAUAUGUUUGUAACUGUUUUUAUGUUACAUCAUACACUUGUAAUUUGACAUAUCAAAUAACAUUAUCAUAAU